GUUCCAUUUCCUCUUGAGCCUUGACAAAUUGCAUUGCUUCGCUUCGUCUUCUUCAUUGUGUAUUCUUCUUUCUCUCUGCAAUAUCGUGCUGCAGCGCGCAGAUAAUACAAGCCAUAAUAAUGGGUACUCAAGGGCCGGGUGAUUACAAUUAUAGCCAAGCCAGUGUUGAUGAAAAAUUGGCCAAGCAGAAGGCUGUUGAUGAUUGGCUUCCAAUUACUUCUUCAAGAAAUGCAAAAUGGUGGUACUCAGCUUUCCACAAUGUCACUGCCAUGGUUGGAGCUGGUGUCCUCAGUCUCCCUUAUGCCAUGGCAGAGCUUGGAUGGGGUCCUGGUGUUGUCAUAUUGGUUUUGUCAUGGGUUAUCACUCUAUAUACCCUAUGGCAAAUGGUUGAGAUGCACGAGAUGGUUCCUGGGAGACGAUUUGACAGAUACCAUGAACUGGGGCAGUAUGCCUUUGGUGAGAAAUUGGGUCUGUACAUAGUGGUGCCCCAACAGCUCAUCUGUGAAGUUGGUGUGGACAUUGUCUACAUGGUUACAGGAGGCAAAUCCCUGAAGAAGUUUCAUGAUACCGUGUGCAGCAGUUGCAAAGAUAUCAAACUCACUUACUUCAUCAUGAUAUUUGCCUCAGUUCACUUUGUUCUCUCCCAUCUUCCGAACUUCAACUCCAUUUCUGGUGUGUCACUCGCCGCGGCUGUCAUGUCCUUGAGUUACUCUACCAUAGCUUGGGCUGCUUCAGUCAGUAAGGGUGUUCAAUCAGAUGUUGAUUAUUCGUACAAAGCUUCGUCAACAAGUGGAACAGUGUUUAACUUCUUAAGUGCCUUGGGGGAUGUGGCUUUUGCUUAUGCAGGCCACAAUGUGGUGCUUGAGAUUCAAGCAACAAUUCCUUCUACACCUGAAAAGCCAUCAAAGGGUCCUAUGUGGAAAGGAGUUGUCGUUGCUUACAUAAUUGUUGCCUUGUGCUACUUUCCUGUUGCUCUAAUUGGGUAUUGGAUGUUUGGCAAUGCUGUUGAAGAUAACAUCCUCAUUUCCUUGGAAAAACCUGCGUGGCUCAUUGCAAUGGCUAACUUGUUUGUUGUUGUUCAUGUUAUUGGAAGCUACCAGAUCUAUGCCAUACCAGUGUUUGACAUGUUAGAAACAUUAUUGGUGAAGAAAUUGAAUUUCAAGCCCAGCAGUGCCCUUCGAUUCAUUGUCCGCAAUUUAUAUGUUGCAUUCACGAUGUUCGUUGGCAUUACCUUCCCCUUCUUCGGAGGUCUACUUGGAUUCUUCGGAGGAUUUGCUUUUGCCCCAACAACAUACUUUUUGCCCUGCAUCAUGUGGCUUGCCAUCUACAAACCAAAGAGAUUCAGCUUAUCUUGGUGCACUAACUGGAUCUGCAUUAUACUUGGUCUCUUAUUGAUGAUUCUGUCACCUAUUGGAGGAUUGAGGUCAAUCAUAAUUUCGGCAAAGGAUUAUAAGUUCUACUCUUGAGUCUGUCAUCCUCAGUAGGGAUGAUUGUUGAAAGGCAUAUUCACAGAAGACUAAUUGUUCAAUCAAGGUUCUACUAGUACAUAUUAUUAGGACCUGGUAGAUUGUCUUCACAGUUUUGGCUCACUGUAGGCGUUAUGCCGGUUGCCAACAAUCUAAGUUAAAGCCAAAAACAUCGUGUUUCUGCCUUUUUUCAAAGAAUAAUACAAAAUAUUAGGCUACUUGUUUCA